GGCAUGUGGUCGUCACCGUUGUGAUGACAGCCAGAUACUUUAUCUUUGCAUCAUUUUAUCUGGAAUAAGAAUGAGAACUAACCAGUUGUUUACCACUCAUUUGUAGGUUUCAUUCUUCAGUUGUUAAAAGCUAGAAAUGUGCAUAAAAUAAACAUGACAGACCUUAAGGACCACAUAAAUGACAGCUCACAAACAGAUGCUGAACACAAUUGUCAACAUUGUAAGAAGAGUUUUCCAGACUCGAGGACUUUAUAUCUCCAUGUCCGCUGCCAUGGUGUAAAAAAGAAUGUCUGCAAAGAUUGUGGAAAGGGCUUCACUCAAGUUUGUCACCUCAAAAGACAUUUAAGAAUACACACAGGGAUUAGACCAUAUCAGUGUACCAUGUGUGGAAAGACCUUUACACAAAUGGCCCAUUUGGAUACCCACUGCAAAUCACACACAGGUGAAAAGGAAUACACCUGUGAGAAGUGCAACAAGAGUUUUAUUCAGAAGAGUCAGCUCAGUCGCCAUAUGAGAUCACACUCAAGUGAGAGACCCUACAAAUGUUCUACCUGUGGGAAAACCUACAAGUUCAGUGAUCAUCUAUAUACUCAUGUGAGAAUUCAUUCUGGUGAAAAGCCAUAUAAGUGUGAUGUUUGCUCCAAAUCUUUCCAUGCUUACUCACAACUGAAUCUUCAUAAAAAAUCUCAUAUGGUCAACAAAGCGCAGAGUUUAAUGUGCUCUGUAUGUUCACAAACCUUCCAGUCAAGCGAUUUAUUGGAGAAACAUGAACUUAUCCACGGGAAGAAUGUCAUAGAUGUUUAUCAGUGUGGAGUGUGUAGUGUCCAAUUUUCCAAAGCUGUGAAAUUUCAACAGCAUGUAGAGAUUCAUGUUGACAAACAUAAUUGGUCCUCAGACACAUGUUUAAUUUGUCAUCAGAAGUUUGAUAAUAAAGCUUCACUGAACAAUCACAUAAAAAGCCACGACAACAAAUACUUGUGUCAUAUCUGUCAGAAGUCUUUCACAAUGAACAGUUUUCUUCAGAUGCAUAUGGCUCAGCAUUCAGGAAUUAGAUUACCCUAUAGAUGUGUUGUUACUCAGUGUGCUGUGGAAUUUAAAGAUGUAAAGGACCUUAAAAUGCAUGUUAAUACUGAUCAUUGAUCAGUAAGCUGAAUGGGAUGCAUCACACCAUGUAAGAGAGUGUGACCAUGAUAAACUUAUUGUUAUUAGUGAUUACAUGUAAAAUAUAUGCAAUUGUCGUUAAUUGCCAAUUUAAACAUUGUAAAUGAUUCCAAAAUUAAUGUGACUAUUAUUGUUAAAAAAUUUGUGAAGAUACCAAUACAUUGAAAUACUAGUAUGCAUUUCCUUUAUUGUUACAUUAUAUUUAAGCUGUGUUUGCCUUUGGUUUAUAUUAAGCAGGGUUUUUGCUCAUUUCUUGCACUACAUGUACCUCUUGAAUGUCAGAGGAGCUUUUGCAUUGGUAACAUGUUUGUGAUCUGCCUGUAGUCUCUAUUUAUUUAAUAAAAUUUUUAAUGCUAUC